AUGUCAAUGUAUGUAGGAAAAGAAGCUCCUUUUUUUAAAGCAGAAGCAGUUUUUGGAGAUAAUUCUUUUGGUGAAGUAAGUUUAACGGAUUUUAUUGGAAAAAAAUAUGUACUUUUAUAUUUUUAUCCACUGGAUUUUACUUUUGUAUGUCCAUCUGAAAUAAUAGCAUUAGAUAGAGCUUUACACAAAUUUAAAGAAAGAGAUGUAGAAUUAUUAGGAUGUAGUGUAGAUAGUAAAUUUUCACAUUUAGCAUGGAAAAAAACAUCAUUAUCAAAUGGAGGUAUUGGUAACAUAAAACAUACAUUGUUGUCAGAUAUUACAAAAUCAAUUUCAAAAGAUUAUAAUGUUUUAUUCGAUGAUAGUGUAUCAUUAAGAGCUUUCUUUUUAAUAGAUAAAAAAGGAAUAAUUCAGCACGCCCUUAUUAAUAAUUUAGCAAUUGGUAGAUCCGUUGAUGAGAUUUUAAGAAUAAUUGAUGCCUUACAACAUCAUGAAAAAUAUGGAGAUGUUUGUCCAGCUAAUUGGGCAAAAGGAAAGGAAGCCAUGAAACCAUCAGCAGAAGGUGUUUCAGAUUAUUUAUCAAAAAUAUAA